GCGAUUUAUUCUAGUUGUUUCUCACACAACUAAAAGAAGGUAGAGGUAAAGGAACUUAGACAUUCAGAAAGAAAAAGGAGGAUAUUUCUAGUUCAGUCAUGGCUCCCUGGACUAGAACUAGCUCGGAAAGAUAUGGAGUUGUUAAGUGGAAUUUCACAGCAAAAGCAGACAAGCAGUUGUCUCUUGCUAUUGGGGACACAGUGCACAUACAGGAGUCAUGUGAAGGAUGGUAUAAAGGAUACCUGACCAAGAACAAAGAGAGAAAAGGUGCAUUUCCUGCCAGCUUUAUAGAGCUAAAGGAAGUCAUCAUCGAGAAGAGAGGAGAUGAAGAGAUCAUAACCUCUGUUGAGAUGCCCCUGGUUAAGGAGGUCACCACCACAUUGAGAGAAUGGGGCAGCAUCUGGAAACAACUCUUUAUGCUGGCCAGUAAGAAGGAGCGUUUCAGUCAGGUCCAGAGGCUGAUGUGGGAUCUAAUGGAGUGGCGCUCACAGCUUCUCUCUGGAACGUUGCCAAACGACGAGUUUAAGGAGCUCAAACAGAAAAUCACGUCAAAGAUCGACUACGGAAAUAAGAUCUUGGAAUUGGAUGUGGUAGUUCGGGAUUGCAAUGGGAAUAUUCUAGACCCUGAACGAGCCAGUGUAAUCAGUCUCUUCAGAGCACACGAGGAUGCUACAGUGAAGAUCACAGAACGAAUAAAAGAGGAACAGUCCAAUGUUCAAAUGGACCAUUCCGGAGUAUCCGCUCGGAUCCAGUCUUCCCCGACGCACAGUCUCUAUGUUUUUGUGCGGAAUUUCGUGUGUCGUAUCGGAGAGGAUUCUGAACUCUUUAUGUCUCUGUAUGACCCCAUCAAACAGACUAAUAUCAGUGAGAAUUAUUUGGUGCGAUGGGGUGAUAAAGGUUUGCCGAAAGACAUUGAAAUGCUCAACAGUCUGAAGGUGGUUUUUACAGAUCUAGGGAAUAAAGACUUGAAUAGAGAGAAAAUCUAUCUGAUCUGUCAGAUUGUACGUGUUGGCCGGAUGGAUCUGAAAGAUGCUAAUCAUAAGAAAUGGACGGGGGGUUUGAGAAGACCAUUUGGUGUCGCAGUGAUGGACAUCAGUGACAUCAUAAAAGGAAAGAUGGAAUGUGACGAAGAGAAGCAAUAUUUCAUUCCGUUUCAUCCGGUCGUAGCUGAACAUGAUUUCUUACACACUCUCUUGAACAAGGUGACAACAUCUCGAGGAGACAGCGGAGGUCAAGGUCUCUGGGUCACUAUGAAAGCCCUAGUUGGCGAUAUUAUCCAGAUCCGAAAGGAAUAUCCCCAUCUGGUGGACCGGAGCACGGUGGUUGCUCGUAAACUCGGUUUCCCUGAGAUUAUAAUGCCGGGUGACAUCCGUAAUGAUAUCUACCUCACUCUGCACUCCGGAGACUUCGACAAGUACAACAAAACCACCCAGAAAAACGUUGAGGUCAUCAUGUUGGUCUGCGACGAGGAGGGGAAGAUCGUAGCGAACUCAAUCUGUCUGGGAGCCGGUGAUCGUCCUGUGAAUGAAUAUAGAUCAGUCAUUUACUACCAAAUCAAACAACCACGAUGGAUGGAAACUUUUAAGGUGGCGAUCCCUCUGGAGGAGAUGCCCAGAAUCCACCUGCGGUUCAUGUUCCGACAUCGAUCUUCUCAGGAGUCGAAGGAUAAAAGUGAGAGGAACUUUGCGAUGGCUUUUGUACGUCUGAUGAAAGAAGACGGAACCGUUUUGAAAGACGGAAUACAUGAACUCACUUUCUUUAAGGGUGACAGUAAACGUAUGGAGGACGUCAGCUCGUAUCUGUCUCUGCCUUCUGAGCGCAAUCACGCUGACAGCCACAAGGGGGGGACACUGAUGCGGAGCUCCAGUAGUGUUGGUGGUCUCUCAGUCAGCUCCAGAGACAGCUUCACCAUCGCAACGCUUGUCUGCUCCACCAAACUCACACAGAAUGUGGGUUUGUUGGGUCUGCUGAAAUGGAGAACUCGUCCUGAAAUGCUGAAACAGAAUUUACAAGAGCUCAAACUCAUCGAUGGAGAGGAAGUUGUGAAGUUUCUGCAGGACACUCUGGACGCUCUGUUUAACAUCAUGAUGGAACAUUCUCAGACUGAAGAUUAUGAUAUUCUGGUGUUUGAUGCUUUGAUAUAUAUCAUCGGUCUGAUUGCUGACAGGAAGUUUCAGCAUUUUAACACAGUGUUGGAGGCCUAUAUCAAACAACACUUCAGUGCCACACUGGCCUACAAAAAGUUGAUGUCCGUGCUGAAGACGUAUCUGGACGUAUCGAGCCGAGGAGAGGCCUGUGAGCCCAUCCUGAGGACACUCAAAGCCCUGGAGUACAUCUUUAAAUUCAUCGUCCGGUCCAGAAUGCUGUACUCUCAACUGUAUGAAGGGAAGGAACAGGCAGAGUUUGAAGAAUCUCUCAAAAGUUUAUUUGAGUCCAUCAAUAACCUGAUGAAGAGCGACUACACAACUACCUUACUUCAGCAGGUGGCCGCUCUGAAGUAUUUGCCAACGGUACUGCAAGAUGUAGAGACGGUCUUUGAUGCUAAACUUCUCAGUAAGCUGCUGUAUGAUUUCUACAUCUGUAUUCCACCUGAUAAACUGCAGAAACAGAAAGUGGCAUCCAUGACUGAGAUAGUGGGCAGCAAACUCUUCCACAGACAGGAUUGCCGUGAUGUCUUGUUACCCAUGAUGCUCCGGGAGUUAAGCGGGGCAUUGGCUGAUGUGGGCGAAGGGCUUCAGGACGAGAAGCGGAACAGCGUGGAACUCCUCAACAACAUCCUGGAGGUGCUCAGCAGGAACGACGUGGGGGACACAUUUCAGCACAUUCAGGACAUUGUGUCAUCUCUUCUGAGAACGAUAAAUCGCACGGUCAUCACUAUGGGCCGAGAACACACUCUCAUUUCUCGUGUGGUGGCGUGUAUGACGGCCAUUCUCAGUCAGAUGGAUGACAGACACUAUUCACGCUACAUCGAGACUUUCAGUGGCACAACUGAACUAGUGGAUUUCCUGAUGGAAACAUUUCUGUUGUUUAAGGAUCUAAUUGGUAAACAUGUGUACCCAUCUGACUGGGUAACCAUGAUCAUGGUGCAAAACAGAGUCUUCCUCCGAGCGAUCAACACAUAUGCUGACACUAUGAACCACAAGUUCCUGGACAACAACAACUUUGAAGUGCAGUUAUGGAAUAAUUACUUCCACUUGGCGGUGGCGUUUAUUACCCAGGAGUCUCUGCAGCUGCAGCAUUUCUCACACACCAAAAGAAACAAGAUUCUGGUGAAAUAUGGGGACAUGAGGAGACUGAUUGGUUUUGCUAUCAGAGACAUGUGGUACAAGCUCGAUGUGAAUAAGAUUUGUUUUAUUCCUGGGAUGGUGGGUCCCAUCUUGGAGAUGACUCUCAUUCCAGAGGAAGAGCUACGGAGAGCCACAAUCCCAAUCUUCUUUGAUAUGAUGCAAUGUGAAGACAAUCACUCUGGACACUUCAAAAAGUUUGAGAAUGAGAUUAUUCUGAAGUUGGACCACGAAGUUGAGGGGGGCGGAGGAGAUGAGAGAUACAUGGAGCUUUUACAGAGCAUUCUUUUAGAUUGUGCUCAGGGACGCCCUCAACUGUUGAUGGAAGUGCAACACUUCGUUACCUUGGUGACCGGCCUCCUUGAGCGUCUGCUUGACUACCGCACGGUGAUGAGCGACGACAGUCGAAACAACCGAAUGAGUUGCACUGUCAAUCUCCUGAAUUUCUACAAGGACAUCAACCGUGAGGGAAUGUAUAUCAGGUACCUCUACAAAUUGCGGGAUCUUCAUUUGGACGGAGAAAACUACACAGAGGCUGCAUACACACUCCUGCUCCACUCCAAACUACUGAAGUGGUCAGAAGAUCAGUGUGCCCAUCAACUGGACUAUCAGACGCCUCAGUCUCAACGGCAGCUCAAAGAAACGCUCUACGACACCAUCAUCAGCUACUUUGAUAAGGGCAAGAUGUGGGAAGAGGCCAUCACUCUGUGUAAGGAGUUAGCGGAUCAGUUUGAGAUGGAGGUGUUUGAUUACGAGCUACUGGGACAGAAACUGAAUCAGCAGGCCAAGUUUUACGAGAACAUCAUGAAAAUCCUGCGGCCCAAACCAGACUACUUCGCCGUGGGAUAUUACGGCUGCGGCUUCCCUCAGUUCCUCAGGAAUAAAGUGUUCAUUCACCGUGGAAAAGAGUACGAGCGGCGGGAAGAUUUCCAGGGUCAUUUGAUGAGUCAGUUUCCCAGCGCCGUGAGACUCAACAUCACCACAAUGCCCGGAGAUGACAUUAAAAACUCAAACUUGCAGUAUAUUCAGUGUUUUACUGUCCAGCCUGUUCUUGAGAUCCCACCUCGUCUGAGGAAUAAAUCCGUUCCGGACCAGAUCAUCAAUUUCUACAAGUCAAACUAUGUUCAGCGAUUCCAGUAUUCCAGACCUGUGAGAAGAGGAAAAGUCGAUCCAGACAAUGAGUUUGCUUCUAUGUGGAUUGAGCGAACCACAUUCAUAACCGCAUAUAAACUACCAGGAAUUCUGCGAUGGUUUGAGGCCAUAAGCAUGACACAUACAACGGUGAGUCCUCUGGAGAACGCUAUUGAGACGAUGGGACAAACUAAUGAGAAAAUCCUCACAAUGAUCAACCAGUACCAAAAUGACGACACUUUACCCAUAAACCCCCUCUCUAUGCUGCUCAACGGCAUCGUGGAUCCGGCUGUCAUGGGCGGCUUCGCCAAAUAUGAGAAGGCGUUCUUCACAGAUGAAUACACACAUGAACAUUCGGAUGACCGAGACAAACUCAUGAGACUCAAAGACCUCAUCGCAUGGCAGAUCCCGUUAUUGGGCAGAGGAAUCAGUCUGCAUGGCAAGAGAGUGACCGAAGACCUUCGACCUUUCCAUGAGCGCAUGGAGGACUGCUUCAAACAGCUGAAGAAGAAGGUGGAGAAGGAGUAUGGAGUCAGAGAACUGCCGGAUAUGGAUGAGAGACGAUCCACACGUCCACGGUCUAUGCUUCGCUCCGUCCGACAAUCCAUCUGCUCAUUGGCUGGAUCAGAAUGUGGAACGCCCACUAAGACAUACCCAGAUAGUGUGUCUUUAGAUGGUGGUGUUCCUCCCUCUCCGUCCAUCAUCCCUCGGUCCAGUGGCAGUAUCAGUGUGAUGGAUGAGAGCGGUGUUGAGGUGGAGGUGAAACUGAGGAAAUCCAAGAAGAAGAAGAAGCCAGGACGCAGCAGUAUGAUCUUCAUCAGUGAGGAGAAAGAGAGGAGCAGCACACUCGAAAAACGGCUGUCAAAGAAGCAAGAGUUCCGCAGUGACACCAACCUGUCAGAACCCACCGAGAGAAGCAGCGGUCUGGCCAAUAUCAACUCCAGAUCCCUGCCCACUAUUACAGGUUUGGCUCUGUCAGUGGUGAAUGGCGGUGAGGAGGCGGAGUCAUCAGCACGCUCCAAGCGUGACAGUAAGAGUGUAUCUGUGUGUUUGCCGUCUGACCGCACGGGCGACCGUCGAUCUAAAGGAGUCAUAAACCUGCUCUUUAAAACUAAGAGCUCCAAAUCUGAUGAAAGCAAAUCAUCGCCUGCCCCCUCCGAUGACACAUCCACCCGUUUUUAAAUCUCUCCCUUUAGAUCACAUCUCCAUUUCUGCCUUUACAUGUUUGAUUUCCUUUUUCAUCUGCUUUAUAAAGCGCAUUCAAGCGGAAGCGGCUGAAAGUGAGCUUUGAUUUCACUGAAUGUGUUUGAAAAACAAACUUUAAUGAAAUUAAUU